AUUUCACCGGCUCGCCUGCCAGCUGCCACUAUUCUGCAUUUAUGCAUUUUACUUCUCUAGCGCUAGGGCCAAACAAAAUUGAAGUGUUGAUGUGGACAAAAAUUAUUCAUAACUUAAUGAAAGUCUAGAAAUUGAGUUAAUUUAUUUAAAAAAGUCAAAAGUCAAUUAAUAACCAAGAAUGCAGGAAGCUUAUGUUAAUAUCUGUGGUAUUCCCACUCACAUAAUGACAUGGGGCAAGUGGAUCGAAGAAUCACUGGACGAUGUCAAGGAAAUUGUAAUAUGCAUAACUGGAAAUCCUGGACUGCCGGGAUUCUAUACAGAGUUCCUGGGAAACGUCCAUCGACAGUUAAAUUGUGAAAUUCCCAUUUGGGUAAUAGGUCAUCUCGGUCAUGACGACCCACCGUCCACAAGUAUACGUGAAGUGCCUCCACUUGCCGGCAAUGAAGCUCUCUUCGAUCUAGAAAGCCAAGUUAAGCACAAGUUAAAGUUCAUCGAGGAAUAUGUGCCAGAGAAUGUCAAAAUUCAUUUGAUAGGUCAUUCCAUUGGGGCUUGGAUGAUUCUACAACUCUUGAAGAAUGAAAAUAUCAAGAAGCGCCUUCAGAAGGGUUAUUUGCUUUUCCCUACAGUGGAGCGUAUGGUAGAAUCAAGCAAUGGUUGGGUCUUCACAAACAUCGCUGUGCCGGCAUACAUUGUCUUGGGUUUCUUCAUAACAUUCUUCGCUCGCCUGCCGCCCAUCGUUCGAAUAUUCUGUCUGCAUAUCUACUUCUGGUUGUUCUCCAUUCCAAAUCAUUUUAUCGGUACUGGAUUGAAAUACUCAAAGCCGUGCGUCGUCGAGAAGGUGGUAUUUUUGGCUAAAGAUGAAAUGGCUAAAGUUCGUGGUCUCGAUAGAGAAGUGGUCAGAGAAAAUGUUAAUUUAUUGAAAUUUUACUAUGGAACCCGUGAUGGAUGGGUGCCAGUGAAAUAUUAUGAUGAACUAAAACGCGAUAUACCCAAUGUUGAUGCGACUUUAGACGCGAAAAACAUUGAACAUGCCUUUGUCUUGCGUUCGUCCAUUCAAAUGGGAGCAAUCGUUGCCAAUUGGAUUAUGGAAAAUAAAGUAAACAAAUGAUAGAACAAAUUUUAUUCAGUGAUAAUGUUUAAACUAAUGUUAUGUAUUUUAUUUUUAUGAAAUUUCAAUAAAAAUGUGUUACUUAUUA